AUGACACAAGCUGCUCCAGUAAAUAUAUCUGCUAUGCAGAUAGUCCAAAUCCACCACUACGCGGCACAGACAAACUCAUCCGAGGUGGACAAAUUCUAUCAGGAUGAUGCUGUAUGGAUUAUCACAAGCAGCUUUAUUAUUUUUACGAUGCACUCAGGUUUUGGCUUACUCGAAUCAGGAAGUGUAUCCGCUAAAGAUGAGGUGAACAUUAUGGUGAAAAAUGUUGUUGAUGUCGUUUUUGGUGGCCUGUCUUAUUGGAGCAUUGGUUAUGGGCUCAGCUAUGGGGAUUACGAACCCUUCAGAAAUAGUUUCAUAGGAUUCGGACGAUUCUUCUACGAUCCGACAAGGGAUCCGACUUCUGUAAAUGAGGAAGGAUGGUCCUAUGCAGCUUUUCUUUUUCAGCUAAGUUUAGCAACAACCGCUUCCACUAUUGUAUCCGGAGCAGUAGCAGAACGAGCCAAAUUAAAAUCGUACAUUUUACUCGGAUGUCUGGUGAUUUUAAUACAGGUUAGUGUACAAAAGUGA